AUGUCUACUCAGGCGCCAUCAGACCCCUCUCAGGCGCCUUCAACAGCAUCUAGUAAGAAGAAGAACAAAACGAAGAAAAAGAACAGCAAGGCCAAGAUCAAUGGGGAUACUGCCAAGUCCCAAGAAUCCGAGAAAGACCUGGCUCUAGAGAUUGGCGAUGGUGAAGGAGAAGGUGAAGGUUCUGGCCAAUCAGCUGUGAACACUCCAAAGGAAGCACAUUUCCCGAAAUCCUUGCCGUCACAGACAAACGGUCACGGUCACGACGCUACGAGUAAUGGAAGUGCGACGGUCCCAAACCAUGUCUCUGCUGCCAACCAAGUAAAAACUCAAGAACGGAACGUAGAAGACACGAUAGACAGCAAUGCGUCGGAUACUACGGAUACAAGCAUUCGAUUCGAAGCAAUGUCUCAGGAACGGGAAGCUCUGCGUGCUGAGGUAGAGCAAUUACGGAAGUCAUUACAGGAUAUACAGGGCAAGCACACAGAAGAAGUAUCCACGAUCAGGAGUCAGCACUCGGAGGAAAUAUCUGGUGUCCAAUCGAAACAUAGCGAAGACAUUUCUACAAUCAAGGAUCAGCAUACCGAGGAGAUAUCGAGCGUUCGAGCUGAGCUGGAGGAAAGCCAGUCAGCUAGGGAGCAAGCUGAGGAGCAAUACCAAAGCCUCCUGGGCCGUAUAAAUACAAUCAAAGCAAGCUUGGGCGAACGUCUAAAAGCAGACAGGCAAGAGCUAGCUGAGGCAAAGGAGCAGAUAGAAGAACUCGAGUCGCAAAACGAAUCCCUCCAAAGACGUGUUCAGGGUCUUGAAGGAGACGUGAAGCGACUAGAAUCCGAGUCACAGGACUCUUCGAGGGAGCUGUCAAGUUUACGAAACCGGCAUAAUCUUGCUCAACAGAAUUGGGUCUAUGAAAGGGAAGAUCUGAUGCAACAGACCAGGCAACUAAAAGAUGAGGCCGAAGCAGCAAAAGAAGCAAUGGGCGAUUGGGAGGUCUUGGCUAUGGAGGAGCGAGCAAUGCGUGAAGGCUUGACCGAAAAGGUCGGGGAUUUAGAAGAGCAAUUCUCAUCUCAAAAGGAUGCCUACGAAAUUGCUGUAUCAGAGAGGGACAGCCAAUCCCAAUCCUUACAGGGAUUGCAAAGGGCACUGCAAGAGGUUCAAGAAGCCCGGAAACGAGAGUUGCGUGACAUGGUAGAGUCCUAUGAAGAGCAGAUCCAAUCUCUCAAGAAACUUGUACAAGAUUCGGAUGCUCGAGCGACAGAGGCCGAGAACGGGAAGGGGUCCUUGCAAACCGAGCUUGAUCGUUUGGUUCCUUUCGAAAAGGAGGUGAAAGAGAAGAAUCUCCUCAUUGGGAAAUUACGGCACGAAGCAAUUGUACUCAACGAUCACCUCACAAAAGCCCUGCGAUUUCUCAAAAAGGCGAAGCCCGAGGACAACAUUGACAGGCAAAUCGUCACAAACCAUUUCCUGCACUUCCUAGCCCUAGAUCGCUCCGACCCCAAGAAGUUCCAAAUCCUGCAAUUGAUAGCGGCACUGCUGAACUGGACCGAGGAGCAAAAAGAACAAGCAGGGCUCGCAAGACCCGGCGGCACAAGUGGCAGUUUACGCCUGCCCAUAUCGCCAUUCCACCGGACUCCCAGCACACCCACAUUAUCAACCGAGUUCUUCACCGAGCCUCCCGCUAGCAAGGAGUCACUGGCCGACUUAUGGACCGGCUUCCUUGAGCGGAGUGCCGAAGAGGGCUCUGCAUCUGGCAGUAGAAGUGGUAGUAUAAGCAGUGCACCGCCGAGGCCGGAUACUAGGGGUGGAGAUGGAAGUUCUACUUCUAGAUAG